ACCCACAACUAGCUAUCUGCCAUUGAUCAUCACAAUGGCCAAGCACUUAGCUCUCGCUUUCUCUCUUUGCUUACUUGUUCUCUUCCACGGCUGCUUAGCCAGUCGGCGACAAACUCAGUUCAGCCAGCAAAAUGAGUGCAUGCUGAACCGGAUCCAAGCCCGCGAGCCCGACAACCGCAUUGAGACUGAAGCAGGUCGGAUCGAGUCCUGGGACUACAACCAGGAUGACUUCCAGUGCGCUGGCGUCGCCGUUCAGAAGAUCACCAUUGAGAACAACGGCCUCCACCUGCCUUCUUACGUUAACACUCCACGACUCGUUUACGUCGUCCGAGGUAUGGGUCAUCUAGGAAUGGUUCUCCCCGGCUGUCCCGAGACUUUCGAAGAAACCGAACAAUCUGUUGAAGAGCAACGACAAUCUCAAGGCCAACAAGGCCGCCGGCAACAGAUUAUACGCCGAGAGGGACAAAUGGGCCAGCAAGGCCAGCAAGAGAGCUAUGAUCAGCUCGACCGUCACCAGAAGGUCCGACGCGUCAGGGAAGGUGAUGUUAUCGCCAUUCCUGCUGGUGUCACCUGCUGGAGUUACAACGACGCUAACGAACCUCUUGUUUUCGUCAGUCUUCUUGACAUGAGCAACCAGCACAACCAGCUGGACCGAAUCCCAAGGAGAUUCUACCUUGCUGGUAACCCACAAGAUGAGUUCACCCAACAAGGCCAAAGCCCACGGAUCCGGAGACAACAAGGAAAGAGCAGGCACCAAAUGCAGGGGAACUACAACAACGUCUUCUCCGGCUUCGACACACAGCUCCUCGCCGACGCUCUUAACAUCGACCAACAGACCGCCCAGCAGCUCCAGGGAAUGAACGACAACAGGCCACAGAUUGUUAGGGUACAGGGACGCCUCGACUUCAUCCAGCCCCCAGAGUCAAUGAGGGAGGAAAGGCAAAUCCAAGGAACACAAAUGCAGGGACAACAAGGACAAUAUGAAGAGAACGGCAUGGAGGAGCUCUUCUGCCACAUGAAGAUGAGACAAAACAUCGGAAGGCCUACAAUGGCCGACGUCUUCAGCCCGCAAGCCGGUCGCAUCAGCACCCUCAACGCCUUCACCAUGCCUAUUCUCAGGCGCCUCCGUCUCAGCGCUGAGAGAGGCUUCUUCUACAACAACGCUAUCUACAGCCCACACUGGAACUUGAACGCCCAUGAAGUAUACUACGUCAUCAGGGGCAGCGCUAGGGUUCAGGUGGUGAACGACAAUGGCGACUGCAUCUUGGACGACCAGGUCCGCCAGGGACAGCUCUUCAUCGUGCCGCAAAACCACGCCGUGUUGCAAAAGGCCAUGAGCAAUGGAUACGAGUACAUUGCCUUUAAGACCCAAGACAAUGCCAUGAUCAACACCAUGGCUGGUAGGACCUCCGUCCUGCGAUCACUCCCCGACGUGGUCCUCGCCAACGCUUACCAGAUGGACCGUCAGCAGGCUAGGAACCUCAAGUACAACAGGCAGGAGAUCGUUGCCUUGAGCUCCUCAAGGUCGGCUGCCAUGCCCCAGAAGAGCUGAUGGGCUAUUGCUUAAAUCAUUGUGAUGAUCGAAAUGUAAAAAUAUGAUGCGGCACGUAGUGUUUUGGCACUAAGCUAGCUUAAGGGGUAGAGAAUGAAUAAAGGUAGUCCUGUAUGGCUCUCUUGUAGUACGAGAGGUCUAACGCACUAAGACAAUAACUAGCUACUACGUACUAUAUAUGCACUUGUAAUCGUAUGGCUUAUAAUGAAAUUUCCUUCUUCUUCUACUUCC